AUGAACGGGGAGACACGGUCAGCUGGGCGUGCCUCGGCGCCCACAUCUCAGUCGAGUCGUGGAAGAAAACGCAUCCACUGGGCUCCUUUGAAUAUUGGCCUUGAGCGACGCCUACAAACAUUUAUCGUUCUAUGUCACACUUUGACCAUCGCUAUCUUCCUGACCAUCUUCUUCUUUACCUGCGCCAUUCCGUUGUCCUGGCCACUCUUGGUCCCAUAUCUCGUUUACAUAUCUCUUUUCUCUACUGCUGCUACAUCCGGGCAUCUCAAGGGACGUAGUCAAUUCUUGCGCUCACUUCCUAUCUGGAAAGUGUAUGCAUCUUACUUCCCUGCUCGUCUUCAUCGGGAGGAGUCGCUUCCGCCUACAAAGAAGUAUAUCUUUGGAUACCACCCACAUGGUAUUAUCUCCCAUGGCGCAUUUGCCGCAUUUGGGACGGAAGCUUUGGGCUUCUCCAAGCUAUUCCCAGGAAUCACCAACACUCUGCUGACGCUGGAUGCGAACUUCCGCAUUCCUUUCUACCGAGAAUACGCACUUGCCAUGGGAAUUGCCAGUGUUUCCCGGGAAUCCUGUGAGAAUAUUCUCACCAAAGGAGGCGCAGAUGGAGAGGGCAUGGGGCGAGCAAUCACGAUCGUCGUGGGAGGUGCCCGGGAAUCUCUCAAUGCCCGACCUAAUUCCUUGCGUCUCGUGUUGAAGCGACGGAAAGGGUUUGUGAAGCUCGCUAUUCGAACGGGAGCCGAUCUAGUACCUGUCUUGGCCUUUGGUGAAAAUGACCUCUAUGACCAAGUAGACUCAGAUCAGCACCCACUCAUCCACAAAAUCCAGAUGCUUGUAAAACAGACUUUAGGGUUCACUAUCCCCCUGUUCCAUGCACGCGGGGUCUUCAACUACGAUGUUGGACUGAUGCCCUAUCGAACCCCUCUCAACAUUGUGGUCGGACGACCUAUCUCGGUCAUGCAGCAGCAGAACCGUGACAAGAUCAAUGAUCAGUACAUUGAUGAGCUCCAUUCUCGAUAUGUGGAGGAGCUGAUGCGGCUGUGGGAUCAGUGGAAGGAUGUCUAUGCCAAAGAUAGAGAAGGCGAGUUGGAGAUAAUCUCAUAA